GACGACAGCAGCAUUGAGUACUCGGUGUAUCCGCAGACCUAUCCUCAGGACACGUACAUGGUGGGCGCCUACCGCAUGGGCUCGAGCCCGACGGCGUCGAGGCCGUCCAUGUACGUCGAGCCUGAUCCGGCCUCGGCCUAUGCCUACCCUGCCGGCCCUACCUCUGCUGCCGUCGGGCCUGCUGCCUCGACGGCGACAAUGGUUCAUCGCCCUGCUUCGGGAGCCGACACAAACACCGGCUACGCAUACGGCGGCAUCGCAUCCCUCAGCAACCCGCUCGCCAACAACGAGAGAAUGCUGCCCACGCCGUUAGCCCGGCCCCUGACCAGCGCUCCCCAGCAGCACCAACACCAGCACCAGCAUCAGCACCAGCAUCAGCACCCCUAUCGAGCAGAGUCCAUCUCCUCCGCCUACAGCAAAACGUCACAGUCCUCCGCGGGCAGCUCUUCCCCCGCUGCGCUCUCCGAGCCAGCAACCGCCUACACCCCCUUCGAGAGUUCCCCCUUAUCCUCGUACCCGACGCCCACCGCCUCCAGUGCGCACCUCCACCGCGGCGAGGCCUACACCACGGCCGCGAACGCGUCCCUCGACUCCAUCAUGGCGCCGUCCGAGGAGCCGCUGCGCAUGACGGCGCCCGAGAUGACGUACAAGUACCUGGACACGACGAGGCGCUACGCCAGCACGUACACGGGGGCUGCUGCUCUGGGCCGCCACAUGACGAGCAGCCACGGGCAUUCGCCGUAUGGGAUGAGCGGCGAGGAGAAUGAGCGCAAGUCGGGCAUGCGGAGCUGA